GCCCCACACCGAGAGGCGCCGCGCCACCAUCACCACCCACCCCGCUCCUCGCGCCGCCGACGCGCCACCCGCCGGCGACGGCGAGGACCGCGCCGCCGGUGUCAUCGUGCCGUGCCGAUCCCUCCCCCGGCGGAUCCACGGGCUGAGCCGAUCCCGUCCGUGGAGAGGAGAGGAGGAGGGGAGGGGGAAGGGGAGAGGGGGGGAGAUGGAGAAGUACGAGGCGGUGAGGGACAUCGGGUCGGGGAACUUCGGGGUGGCGCGGCUGAUGCGCAACCGCGAGACCCGCGAGCUCGUCGCCGUCAAGUGCAUCGAGCGCGGCCACCGGAUAGAUGAGAAUGUGUACAGGGAGAUCAUCAACCACCGCUCGCUGCGCCACCCCAACAUCAUUCGCUUCAAGGAGGUGAUACUGACGCCAACGCAUCUUAUGAUUGUCAUGGAGUUCGCAGCAGGCGGGGAGCUGUUCGAUCGAAUCUGUGAUCGUGGACGGUUCAGUGAGGAUGAGGCCAGGUAUUUCUUUCAGCAGCUGAUCUGUGGAGUGAGCUACUGCCAUCACAUGCAAAUAUGCCAUAGAGAUUUGAAGUUGGAGAAUGUUCUCUUGGAUGGCAGCCCAGCUCCACGGCUUAAGAUAUGUGAUUUUGGCUACUCCAAGUCAUCAGUAUUGCAUUCAAGACCCAAAUCAGCAGUGGGGACGCCAGCAUAUAUCGCACCAGAGGUGCUAUCCCGCCGUGAGUAUGAUGGAAAGCUUGCAGAUGUAUGGUCCUGUGGUGUGACUCUUUACGUCAUGCUUGUGGGAGCCUACCCAUUUGAAGACCAGGACGACCCCAAGAACAUUCGCAAAACCAUUCAGAGAAUAAUGUCAGUGCAAUAUAAGAUACCAGAUUACGUCCACAUAUCUGCAGAAUGCAAACAGCUUAUUGCCCGCAUUUUUGUCAACAAUCCAUUGAGGAGAAUCACGAUGAAGGAAAUAAAGAGCCACCCGUGGUUCUUGAAGAACCUCCCCAGGGAGCUCACGGAGACUGCGCAAGCCAUGUACUACAGGAGGGACAACUCCGUGCCUUCCUUCUCAGACCAGACCUCAGAAGAGAUCAUGAAGAUUGUUCAAGAAGCAAGAACCAUGCCGAAAUCAUCCAGGACAGGCUACUGGAGCGACGCGGGUUCAGACGAGGAGGAGAAGGAAGAGGAAGAGAGGCCAGAAGAGAACGAGGAAGAGGAGGAAGAUGAGUACGAUAAGAGGGUCAAAGAGGUCCAUGCGAGCGGGGAGCUCCGUAUGAGCUCACUGCGCAUAUGAAAAAGUUUGUGUGCAGCUAUUGUGUAGAUAAUCCGGCUUACUAUGGAACUGCGGUGUAUGCAAUUUUCGCUGUAAAUUUGCUUCUGUUUGGCGUUUCUUCGUGUAACAUAACUUACUUGGGGGCGCUUGGACUUCAAUUGUCUGAUUAUGUUUUGUAAGUACCUACAUAUUAAGCGUA